AUAAGGAAACCCUUAUUUUGAAAAUGUUUUGUAGCAGGAACGAACUGUGUUUACCUCGUUGGCAUAUCCUGCUUCGAGCUUUCCUAGCUAGCAACGAUGAAAUGAUUUUUACGGACUUUCUUUGAGAAUUUGCUUUCAGGGAGUGAUUUGUUGCCUCUGUGCCAUAUUAACCUGCCAACACAUUCCCAAAGGGCGGCCAUCGUUACAGAAAAGUGAAUGGCGUCGAAAAAUGAUCCAUUUCAGUUUCAAGAGUUUGACGAAGCUGGGGAUCUGCUGGAAGCCAACAGAGACGCAGUCACCAUUAGCAUUGAGAAUGAGGAUCUAAAGUCCCAGAGGCCAAGAAGCACCGUUGGUUUUGCUCAAGAUGCCGCUGAUGAAGAACCACUCAUCAGCGAUGACAGAGAAGAGCUUCUGUCAGGGCAAAAGAAAAGUGCUCCUUUCUGGACCUUUGAAUACUACCAAAGAUUCUUUGACAUUGAGACUCAUCAUGUAAAGGAGAGAAUCCUUGGCUCAUUGGCGCCGUGGCCUGGAAAGAACUUCAUUCAAGCUUACCUUCGUAAAAACCCUGAUCUUUACGGACCAUUCUGGAUUUGCACCACUCUUGUGUUUGCCAUUGCCAUCAGUGGAAACAUAGCAAAUUUUCUGCAACACUAUGGCAAUCCAGGCCAUAAAUAUACCCCAGAUUUUCGAAAAGUGAGCAUAGCUGCCACAGCCAUCUUCAGCUAUGCUUGGUUCGUGCCACUUGGACUCUGGGGUUUGCUGCUGUGGAGGAACAAUAAGAUCUUGAACCUGGUAUCAUAUUCCUUUAUGGAGAUUGUCUGCGUCUACGGAUAUUCGCUUUCAGUUUACAUUCCAGCUGUGGUCCUGUGGAUUCUGCCAUACGAGUGGCUGCGGUGGGUCACCAUCGCGGUGGCGCUCUGCCUCUCCGGCUCAGUACUGGUGAUGACUUUCUGGCCCGCACUCAGAGACGACCACCCCAAAGUCAUCAUCGCGACCGUAUCAGGCAUUGUGUUGCUGAACGCGCUACUGGCUGUUGGCUGUAAGAUGUACUUCUUUAGCAAACCAGAGCCAGGAAAAGAACCAGGGCUGAUGGUUAACAGUUCUCCUACAGUGAAGGCCAUCAAAGUGACAUCACCAUGAAGGACCUGCGUUGUGUGAAGGUUCUCCAGUUCCCUUAUUAGGGAGACUCAAGUUUCUGCGCUGAACAACGGGACCACGGACAUGACGAAUUACGGCCUUUAAAGGCUGCCGUGUAAGCUCGAUGCAGCUUCAUGACCUCUGAAAAUGAAAACUGGUCACAAGUAUGUUUCUUUUAAUGGGAUGGCUUCUAAACUUAAUAGGGGUGUAGUAUGACACAGCACACACAAUCUGUUAUAGCUGUGGUGGUGUUUCCAGCUUUAUAGCGCUAAUGUUAAAAUAUACAUAAAAAAAAAUGGUUUGUGAUGGUAGCAUCAGUGGUAUUUCAUUGAUCAAUUAAUUUAUGUAUCUAUAUAGGUGUUUUAUACACCACCUCUGAGGGUAAAGUUGUUUGUAUUUUCUUACUAUCAAGUGCCCUUAACUAAUGCCCAAACCUGGUCAAAGUGUCCAAGUAUUUUUUUUGUAAAUAUUUUAUAAAUAAUUUGUUGUUAUUCUGGCAAAUUAUAUUAAAAUAUAUCAAGAUCCUUGUCCGUUUUCAAAGUCUUUAAUGGUGUGAAAUGAUAAUGUAGUGGUACAGCCUUUUUUGUAUUUUGAGAUGAUUAAAUUGUGUUGUCCUUUGAUUAU